AUGUAUGACUCACCUCCUCCGAUUGUAUACGCACUUCCACCAGAAUCUCCCUCCACAAUCCAGUAUGCACCUGUUAAACCCCAAGACUGCGAACUUAUUACUACUCCAAUUCGCAAAAAGAGAAAGGUUUCAGGUCCAGUAAAGCGGACCAAGGUUGCUGACCGGCAAGGGAAGGCACAAAACACAGAACACACGCCAGGCCAACAAUCAACACCAGCAACUUUCACUGAUUUUCCCGAGCCCAAUGUUUUGGAAACCUCAAAUCAGGAGCUUGAAGCUACAGAUGACGACAUAGAUACACGACUUCUGCCUAAUUUUGAUGAAAAUUAUUCGCUUUUCUUGGAUGCUGUUUUGGCAGAGGAAUGCGGCCUGUUUCAACUGACCAGUCGGUUAUUUGUGGUAAAUGGGUGGAAUAUUUUGAGGGGGGAAUCAACCCGGCUGUGGUACCAUGUACUCCGAGUGGAGAUUGACGGCAUCUUCACUUCUGUUUGUUUGUGCCCGGCUGCCAAUGGGCAAAGUUCAUGUUUCCAUUCACGCUUCAUUGAUCAGAAUGCUGGUGUAGGUUCGGAAAACCAGGCUUUUGAGGUAGAAAAAGAUACAGAUCAGACAACUUUCUUAUUUUCAAGGCACGAGAGUAUAAAAGAUGGACAGUACAUGAAUUACUUCUCAACACCAUCAUUUACUCGAUUUUCAACAAUCAAGAACCGUGCCGUGGUCGAACAUCAGGGAGACGACACCAGAGCGGGAGUUUGGAAAUGCAACAAGGACAGUGGGGCAUCCUCGUGCUCACAUAUUGUAUCGGCGCGGCAUACAUUGCAGCAAUAUUUGACAGGCAACUGUGAUGCUCAAGACGACAAUGUAGGCAAGGAUGGCGACACAGGAUUACAAUACAAUGGUAAGCUUGAUUAUCUAUUGAAAGGUAUUGCUGAAUCGGUUUCAUAUCGCCCUCUCCCACCGCCGGGCUGGUCAAGAGUCGCAUCCGAUCCUCCAUCAAUGCCAAGAGUGACAUUUGACAUUCCUCCAACGAUUAUCUCCCUGUCGACGAAUGAUUCUUGCUGUUGUACAACCCCACGUGAGCGUUUCAAAGCUCUUGAACCUACAAUCGAAAAGGAGUGUACCAUUUAUACUCUUACACGGGCGUUCAAAGCAGUUAUAACGUUGCAAAAAUGCGGUAAAUGCACCCAUCGAUGUAUUGGGCCAGAUUGUAGCUCACAAGGGAUUUUUAAUUUCAAUAACCGGAGCUUGUUCACCCAUGAGCUCCUUGAUGAUUACACCAGCGCAUUUUCGUCGUCAGAAACCCCUUUUAUUUCCUGGGUGCAGACUGUUUCUCGCCGAUACCAAGCAAGGAACUCCCCUAUUCCGUUUGCAAACGAGAAGUUGUUUCGAUCGAGCUGGUUCUCUUACGCCCGACUUAUAGACUUUGGACCCGACAUGGUAUGCCCAUCCUGUGGCCCGACCCCUGAUUCAACUAUAUGGGACGGCGUCACGGUGUCAUUUAGCCGCAAAAACCUGAUGCCAACUCUACGUCCCCCGACUACAAUAGGGGAGAAUUCUAUCUCUAGACCAGAUGUCCGGCCGUUACCCAAUCUGCAAGCCAUUCCAAACCGCUCCUUGCGCCUUUUAAUUCGUUAUAUUCUGCAGGGGCCACAAUUAACCACCAUUUCUGACGCCACUCAUCCGGAGGGAAGCCCCAAGUAUGAACGAAACCGCCGAAUGGUUGAGCGCUUGACUCAAAUUCCCGAGCUAGUCCGGAAAUUGAUGGCCCUGGACCCUUCCGUUGGAGAACUCUUCGAUAUCCACUUUGGGAUGGCUACUGUUUUGGGUAAAAGGAAUGCGCAUGAUGUGUAUUCCAAAUUUUUCAUCCAGCUGUCUUCGGAUGAAAAUGUGCUGCAAUUUAUAGCAUUUUCCUGCCUGGACAACCUUCGAACAUUCAUCAGACGUCCUUAUCUCAGCAAUGUUCAUUUGCUGCGAUAUAUCCCGGCUCUCCAUCUGUUAAUUAAGCAUGAACUUACCAUGGGGACGCUCACAAAUCAGGUUCUAGGGGUCUGUAAAUGGCUAUACGUCCGGGUUACUGUGGUCUACACACUAUUAAAGGUUCACGAUGGACCUGCUGUUGUAAGCAAUGUUUUACAAGAGAAUUUAUUUAUGGAUGAUUGGCUCAAGACAGGAUGUUGCUACGCCAUGCCGGCCAUUCGUGACCGUCCACAAUAUCCAAAUUUGCCAUACGAGUCAGGAUAUGACUUGGGAAGCGCAGAAAUUGACGAAGACAUAUGCCGAAAAUACUACUCCACCUAUUCAAAAAAGCGACUAACCGGCGGGAUUAUGUGUGUUUGGUGCACCCAUAGCAUUUGCUAUGGAUUUCACUGUAUCCGAGCGGCGGAGGGAAGAAACGAUGUGUUCUCGGCAAUAUUCACACGCUGGAAAAAGGCUCCAAAAGUCGUGGUAUACGAUUUUGCUUGUGCUUUACAGCCUUAUUGCAUGUUACGGGAACCAGACUUCUUCAAGGACACACUCUUCGCCAUCGACAUAUUUCACUCAAGUGAACAUAAAUGUGGUGAAGCCUGUUUUCUUUCAUCUUACUGUGCAGAAAAUCCAAAUCUGCUCAGACUAAAUUCUAGUGCUGCAGAAUGUGGAAACAGUGGGAUUUCCAAGAUUCGAAAGGCUGUGAGCUAUAUGUCACAGGACAGAGCAGUGAUGUACAUGAGGGUUUUCUUUUCGAUUUGGAACAGGCAGCAGAUUCAAAAGUUAGAAAAAAAGCAAGGUCAUUAG